CCUUUGGGAGUUGAAUUCGGCUCUUCUGACUGGAUCUUUCGUAACAAAAGCGUUACUUCAACCUGUGGAGUCGAGAUUUACGAUUCGGAGACCAUAUGAAGGACCACCAGAGACUCUAGCGGGACAGAAUUCACAACAGACCUCCCCGCCACGUUGUCCCUAAGCGCCAAAGAACAAGUAAAUUCCAUCACACAUCGACUGAGAAUUAUUCGACUUUUAUUCUCUCCGCGGACCAAUUUAUGAGCUUCGAUAUGCAAGAACAAGACGAAAACUCAAUGAAGAAUGACAGGCCGGUUGUAGGAUGUUUACAACACAGGGUUUUAGAGCCACAAGUAACAAGCACCGCGAGUGGACUUCUAGACCGCUGCCAUUUCGAGAAACAGCCUCCAGCUAACCUGCGUAAAAGCAACUUUUUCCACUUUGUCCUGGCAUUUUUCGAUCACAACGGCCAAGCGGUUGAAAUAGAGAGAGCAUCGUUCAUAGAUUUCAUCGAGCAUUUGCCGGAAGACAAAAAUGUGCGCAAUGGUGUCCUUUAUCGAGUCCUUCUACUUUACAGCAACGGUAUUCGAACAGAGCAAGAUAUUUUCGUUCGCCUUAUUGACGCGGCGACAAAACAGAUCGUCCCGUAUGAAGGGCAAGACAAAAACCCCGAGAUGCGAAGAGUUCUUCUUACUCACGAAGUUAUGUGCAGCCGUUGUUGUGAGAAAAAAUCUUGCGGGAACAAGAACGAAACGCCCUCAGACCCUGUGGUUGUAGACAGGUAUUGUCUCAAGUUCUUUAUGAAAUGUAACCAGAAUUGUCUGAAAAAUGCUGGUAACCCGAAAGACAUGCGGCGGUUUCAAGUGCACGUGUCUACGUCUGUAGAUCCCAUGUACGGUAUGAUUGCAUGUUCGGACAACAUGUUUGUCCAUAAUAAUUCCAAACAUGGCCGCCGGACACGUAGCAGAGCAGACGGUAACGAGCAAGAUACAUCAGCUGACGACCCUUGUAUUAAAGCGAUCUGCCCAAAUGAAGGCUGGACUAUUGGGGGCUCAAAUGUUAUCCUCAUUGGUGACAAUUUCUUCGAUGGGCUGCAAGUGGUGUUUGGUUCGUUUAUCGUGUGGAGUGAAUUCAUAACCCCGCACGCCCUAAGAGUGCAAGCCCCACCCUCUCCUAUGCCGGGCGUGGUCAAGGUUUAUCUCAUGCACAAGGAAAAGCAAUAUUGCAAAUAUGCUCCCGCAAAGUUUGGCUACACAGCGCUUGUUGAGCCAACAAUUGACUACGGAUUUCAGCGACUCUCCAAACUUAUCCCACGGCAUCCUGGUGAUCCUGAACGAAUUCCUAAAGAAAUCGUUCUGAAACGAGCUGCAGAUCUCGCAGAGACACUGUAUCAAAUGCCUCGCACUCCUACGCAAGUACACCCCUCCCAGUACGCAUCCACUGGCCUGGCCACGCCCAAGUCUCCCGCGCUCGUAGGGGGUCAGCAUUACGUGACACUUCUCCCCGACUCGAUGACCAACGUGUUCACACAAUCCAUCACUCCAGACAACCAGCCAAUCGCAUACAGUUCCCAUAAUGACAACGCCUCCGAUCAAACCGACAUGAAUAACAAUGUCGUGCAAUCUUCUAAUUCGAGUCGCCUGACGUCGAAUGCGACGCUCUCUGGUGUGACAAAUAUGUCUAACCACGAUUCACAUCAUAAUGGUGUCAUGGCAAGCUCUGAUGAAGGACUUUCUGCCAUAGCAACUGUUUCUAAUAGUUGUUAUGGUAACGGUUCUCCUGCGCUGUCUUGCAUGGCUGUGCCGGCAUCUCCUGGAUACUUCACCGGCGCAUUUAUCCCUCAGUCUCCAUCCCUUCCACCGACUCCAAACAGUGUGCCUCCUAGCUCCAACAACAGCAUUUUCUCAUUCCCGCCAAACAUGAUCCAGGCCGUUAAGCAAAAAAGCGCCUUCAAUCCCGUAUCCCGCGGGCCAGAAAGCACCGCUCACCCGAGGAGCCCUGCGGUCGUGCAGGGAGUUAUGACCUCCACUUAUAAUGGCCCCUUCGCGGUCCCCGUAUCUAGCGUCAAUGCUUACAUCAAAAGCAUACAGCCACAAGUCAAACCUUAGAAAGUCCAAAAGACACAAGGAUCAAUGUGAGUGUUAGGACCAGACUCGUCCUAGCACUCACGCCCCUCUCAAUUCAUGUGCGUCUAAUCGUGGAUUUACAGCUCUUUGUAACAGCGCAACUUAGUAUUUCAAAGUACGAGUACAGUACAAAUUUAUAAGGGGUAUUUUUUUCCCUCGAGCCCCCUUGUCAACAAGCUCGCUGGCUGUCAGCUUGAAUACAGCCGCGGGGAGUUUUAAAAUGUGUCUUGUAACAUACAGAUUUCAUAUUUAUUUAUUGCUAUCUCAAAAUAGAGAAAACACGAGUAAUAUAAUUUGAUAUACCAAAGGUGUGCUUAAUAUUUAUCAAAAAUAAUUUGAGGGACGAGGGGAAUGAGAAGUAAUCUUUACAGCUUACCUUCCCCCUCCCCCCGAGGAGUGACAUGGGUGCUAUCAUACCCCCUUUGUAUUUUUAUAUUAUAGUAUUUAUUGAGCUUUAAACAUUUUCUACCCAGGAUUGGCUGAGGGGGUGUGCGCAGCCAUAGGUAUCAUAUGGAAAAGGCACAGUAUUUGAAGACCCCUUCAUUAGAAAUGACCCACUUUUUGGCCGCCAAGGAGGGUGCGCGCGCACCCUGCGCACCCCUUGUGUACGGGCCUGUCACUGAGCGCAUCUAUACUAAGGAUACCAGGGGGCCCGAGGUCUAUUUUGCAAUCGAAAUGAGCCUCUAGAAUCACUACUAGUAGUAGUAUCAGGGGUUGUCUGGCACUGAUAUGUGAUUGGUUAUAAAGUGACUCAGGGAACAAGAUGUCAAUAGUGCUUAAAACUGGUCCUUUUUGCGUGUAGUACCAUUUAAUCACAAGAGUACAAUAACAUCCUUGAGCGGAGGUGGCCAAUAGUUCAAAGGGAAAGUUAUAAAUGUAGCCUGUUAGUUACCUAUACAUUGUACAUAAAUGAAAAUAAAGUAAUAAAUAACUGAA